AUGAUUCUCGAAAGGAACUACAAGUUGGCAGCAAAGGGUCUGAAUGGUAAGUUUGGUGGAUUGUUGUUAAAUUUUGUUUAGCGCAAGGCUCAGAACGCAAAUAUGUAUUUGAAACAGCUUUUGCGAGAGAUCCACGAACUGGUCUUUAUGGAUUGCUUACCUUCAAGAACGAUGUUAUGCAGAUAUGGUCGAUGUAAGUGCAUUUGGUCGGUUUAUGGUUAUUGUUUAGAAUAAACUACGAACAAGGUUUGGAAAUGAUGUUGAACAGAACAAUCGACGUAUUUGAUGGUGCAUUAACUGAUGUUUGGGUUGGUGGAUGGGGAGAUGAUCUCAGUGAGUUGUGUUUUGUUACCUAAAAUAUUGGAUUUGUGUUCUUUAACUUAAUUUAUAUUCUGUAACUGUUUAAAAUCUUUAAUCUUUUUUUAGAAAUAUUGGCAACAACUUGUUUCUCUUCAAUUUAUAUUAUGAGACCAAACGAAGAAACAGAGCAGCUGGAUAUCAAGAAAAUUACCAUUUCAAAUGUCGUCUAUGCUCGUCUGAUGAAUGAUAAGAAUACUAUAAUAUCAGGUAUGUUUGUCUUUGCGGAAUAAUGUGUUUGUUUAGUAACUGUCGAUGGUACUGUUUGUAAUCACACGUUAGAAGGACAACUGGUCUUGCAAUCUGAUGGUACUGAAACCUUUACUCCAAGUUGCAUGGCUGUGGUACGUUUUGUAGUAUAAUUAUGUUAAAUUAACUACUUUUGUCGUCUUUAUUGGCUUUAUAUAAUUUUAUUUCUUAUUUUAAUGUUUAGAAUCCAGCUGGCAACUUUAUAGCCUUUGGAGAUUCUAAAGGCUGUGUCCGUAUCUUCGAUGGGUCUAGAUUGUUCUUAAUUUCAAAGAUUGAGAGUUUCUUUAACAGUAUAACACAACUUGGGUUUGUAGGUAACAACCAGUUGGUUGUUGGUGAAAGCCGUGGAGAUGUUCAAUUAUACGCACUGUAAGUUUCUACAAUAAUAUAAUAGAUACAUUUUCAAGCUCGUAAACAGUUUGUAAAUUUGUUUGUUUAUGUUUUUAUGGCUAUUUGAAAUAAAGCAUAUUUAUGUUAAAUUGUUAAAAAAGCAAAUUCGAUGUAUGUGAUUUCAGAGAAGACCUGGGAUCAGAAUCUACAUGGAACAAAGUCAGACGGUAUUGUGCCCACGAAUGUAAUAUAAAUAGAGUAGCAGUUUGUUCAGCUUCUAAUGGCGAACGGUUUGCGACAGCUUCAGACGAUGGUACCGUCUGUAUCUGGGAUGUAAACAAAGAAGAAUAUCUCCACAGAUUCUCAUUUGAUAACGAAGCGGUAGGUCUUCAAGCUAUUUAUAAUGGUUUAUUAAGUUUCCAAUUUUACAAUUUAACUUUCUUAAAACAAAUUUAAUAGAUUAACUUUGAUUUUUAGGUAACAUCGUUAAGCUUUUCUCCAGAUGGACUUCAUUUGGCCGCUUCGACAGAUGAAGCUAAUACGUAUGUCUAUACUGUGCCUGAGCAUGGGGAAUUCAACGAAGAACAAUAUUUUAUUCCGUACGAAGAGUGUACGAAUAGCUUUUGGAUGUUGCAGGUAGGUUAUAUAAUGGCAUUUUAUACUUAAUUUUGACACAUCUGCAAUAUGUUCUUUUUAGGGUUUUACUUUGUUCGAUGCUCAAAACCUUCGGAAACAAAUGGGACUGUACAAUGAAGAUGAAGAGUCCUUGGUAUUCAUAAAACAGAAGCUGAAUCCAGAUGUUCAGCUACGUGAACUUUAUACUGAGUUUGCAGAAGAAAUGGCACAGAAACAGCGUGAGGAGGAAGAAGAAUUCAGAGAGAUCAGAGAAGAGAGAGAACGGCAGAACAGAUUGUUGACUAGGAAGAUGGCCAUGGAUAAGAUGAGGGAAGAAGCCCAGAGUGAAGGUCUUAACUUUGAAGAACCUGAAUUAGAUCCAAGUGAUGAGAAGUACCUUCAAGAACUCCAGGAUCUACAAGAAGAUGGUGAACAACUGGUCGAACAAAGUUUGGCAGCUCAAGCCGGUCUCUCUGACAUUUCUGAUAGUGACUCAGAUGCAGCAAAGGGUUCUGACGAUGAAGCUGUUUUGAAUAAUGGUAAGGCUCAAGGAUCAGACAAUGAAAGCGAUCAAGGAGAGGGUGAAGGUCAAGAAGUUACGGAAGAGGUGACAAAUCAGUUGUGGGCUACAGACGACGAAGAAGAACAGCCGGAAAAGGCUACACAAGACGAUCCAGCCAAUCGUACCAAGACCGAGGAAGAGCUGCGGAAGAUCUUCGACGAAUGCAUAGAUACGACCGCCGAUACGACAGCCUUGGAGACGACACAGGUCCUGGAGACCACUGAAGUUGUCGAGGAGGCCGUAGUAGAAACUGAAGUUACGGAAGAAGGCAUGGCUACACCCGAAGACCCCGAAGCCAUGCCAACAUCAGAAAUCAUCGACACGGACCAAACCCAGCACACCUUUGGGCCCGACUCGACUCCCACGUCCCCACUCUUUACGGAUGCCUCUCCUGACAACUAG